AUGCAAUCUGGUCAGAACACUAUCAACGAACUGACAAUCGGGGAACCCAAGGGGGAACUAACCAUAAGAGGGUUAGGAACCAUGGGUACGAAGUCAGUACUGUUCCCAAUCCAGUUGAAAAGUACAAUGGUCACCACAAGUAUCACCAAUGUAAUCACGUCAACGUCGUGCACCAACACCAAUACCAGAGGACAAAAACCACCCACACCCGGACACUGGGAAAACCAGAACCACGGAGUGGGAUUCCCCAACAAUGACAUCACAAGAAACAACGGCCCAUAUACCGUAACAUACGGGGAAAACCCUACUGAAAGGGAUAAUACUUAUCAAACAAUGAUACGGGACCGGCCGGAGGAGUCAAACUUACUACCACGCGAAAACCUGCAAGCAGCAAAAGACGCUCUUCCCGAAUAUUCAGGGAAAAAAGAGGAGGACCCCACACGCUUCCUUAACACAACAAGGGACGUGCUCUUAGAAGCAAAAAUACCCCGACAACGAUGGGUAAAAGUACUGGCUCCACAACUCAAAGGAGACUUUGAGUCCCAACUCAUGGUGGGGGAGAAUAAGAGCGAUCGGCCCCACAUGGGAAGAAUUCCACAAAGAAUUCACCAACAAGUUCAACGGACCACAAGUCAAAGCGAAACUGCACACAGAAUUGAUGGGGUGGAAACAAUACUAUGGACAAGCUACGGGGGACUUUGUGUUACAAAAAAUUCAGCUUUUCCGAAGACUGAACACUGGACCAGACGAGGAAAAUGCAGUGGAGACCAUCAUACAACUAAUGAAACCAGAACAUCAGAACCCAAUCAAUACUGGUGCAAAAACCAAAAACGUUUAUGGACCUCAACGAAGCAACAUUCACGGUGA